AUGGCCUCUGUCUCGGCCUCGUCCAAGGCUGCCGCGGCGAAGGCUAAGGCGGGCGCGCCGACGGUCAAGCUCGGCGGCGGGCCGCCGGUUGGGCAGGCCAAGGCAGACGUCGCGGCAGUCUUCGGUGGGGCGCGGGAGAAGGCAAAGGCGGGAACCAUCGCGACGGCAGUCGCGAAGGCGACGCCGCCGACUGUGCCAGUCGACAUCGCGGAGAACUCCCGCAAGAUUAAGGCUGGGACGGGCGUUGUCCACUCGCUCCAGGGGCUCGACGCCAACGCCUGGAAGGUCAUCACCCUCGAGAACGUCGACGUCGCGAGCGUCUUCGGCGCCUCGGUGGCCAAGUCGACCACCUACGCCACGGUGGGGGAGGGCGCUGCCGCGCCGAUGGGCCCGACGACGUCCGUCGCGAAGCCGCCGGUCCGGGCGGCGACCCAGGUGCUGAAGCUCAGCCUGGCGGACCGGAUCGGGAUCCACCAGACGGGCCUCUGCAGGAAGGACCCCGUCAGCGUCUUCCUCACGACGGCUGACACGAUGCCCACCGCGGACCUGGCCUACGUCCGCCCCGCGGGCGCGAGGGCUGGGAUCGCGGCGUGCCCGGCGGCGCUCGACGCGAUCGCCGCCAACGACGCCGCCUUCGACCGCGCGCUCGAGCAGUACAUCACUGCGACGGCAGGGCUGGGCGCGUCCGUCGCGUUCCCGGCGAGCGCUGUCGCGAUCUACAGCCGCGAGCUCACCGCGGCGCUCGCCGUGAACCGGGCGCUACGAGCGGGCGUGACCUACGGCGACGUCGUCCUGCCCGGCGCGCACGUCGUCGGCGUGAGCCAACCGAGGGUCGAGGCCUGCGCGCACCUCGACUCCGAGUCGCUCGCGUAUCGGUCGGCGACGACGGCCCCGACAGUGGUCCAGACAGCUGGAGACGCCCUCGCGAGGGCCGCGGACCUGGGCACCGUGGUGCCGGAGGCGUGGGGGCCCGUGAACUACUUCGCGAUCGAAGGCGCCACGAAGGUCACCGUGGUGAGCGGCGUGCAGUUCAACCACGACUGCAACCUGCUGUCGUGCGUCAGCGUGGUGUUCAACGGCCACGCCGUGGAGUGCCUCGCCGAGUGCACGGCGGCGACGGGCAUCGGCAUCAGCCCCCUCGUGCGCGGCAGGGGCGCGGCCCGGUUCGGGGGCGCCGCGGCCGGCGAGUCGGAGGUGAAGCUCUUGGCGGUCUGGGGGUCCGAGGAGGUGAGGACUGCUUGCGCGUCCAGCGCCGCGCAGGGGGGCGCCAUGGCCGCAGCCUGCAAGGACGCCGACAUCACCUUCCUUGCCGCGCUUGCGCAGGACUACAUGUCGAGGACGAAGACGAGGAUGGUCGAGAACGGGCUCCAGCUCGCGGACCAGCUGCGGAUCUCCUCGGCGCCGAACACGCUUCUCUCGAAGCGCAGCACGGCGAGCAACGGGAAGCGGCUCCUCGGCGCCGCGCGCACGGUCCUCGGGGCGAUCGACCCAUCGUCCAUGGCGGGCUCGGUGACCGUCAGCGGGCUCAUCGAGGCAGCCGCCGAGCUCGUCGACUCGCAGGGAGAGUGGGUCGGCGCGUCGGCGGUCGGCUUUUCGGCGGAGGCCGCCGCCAACGCCGUGGCAAUCGCCGGCUCGCCAGCCGACGCGUCGACCACGCUCGGGGCCCUGCGUCGGAACCAGGUCCAGCACCUGCAGACGCAGCAAAGCGCCGCGAGGGGGGGCCGCGCCAGGGCGGAGGCGAGGAAGCAGAAAAUCUACGCGGAGGGCAACGCGUACGUGUCCCAGGUCUACGUCGCGCAGCACUCGACGGCGCGUUGCGGCAUGGCCGUCGGCCUGGUCAAGACCUUCUCGACGGCGUCCGCGCAGUGCCCGUUCGAGAUGGUCCAGGUGUUCGGCGCCGGCCUCGAGCCCCUGCUCGGUCGGAGGCUCUCGGGCAUCCCCCUCGGUGACGGCUUCGCCGGCGAGGCGGCGCUACUGUCCCUGGCGGAGCAGCUGGGCUCCAAGAAGACUGGCUGCCUCUCGACGACGUGCCGGACGGCGCUCCACGCGCUCAGGACGGCGGCUGACAAGCACGGCGUGGGCGCGUCGUCGUACUCGGCGUUCGUCUGCCGCAAGCCGGCCGAGGCGGUCGCGGCCGGUUCGGCGGUCAAGGCGAACCGCGAGAACGCGAGAUCCGCCGCGACCCUGGUCGACUUCUGCGAGAAGCAGAAGCUUGAGCUCUCGGUCCUCACCUUGCCCGCGAUCGAUGCGCUCGCCGAGGGGGGGAUCGUCGACGAGGGCUCCGAGGAGCGCGUCAAGAGCACCCUCGACGCCGAGAUGUCCCCGUCGCUGAUCUCGACAGCGAUCCUCGGCGGCGUCGAAGCGAAAACGGACAGGAUGGUCGACAACCUGUCGCAGGCCGUCAUCGCGCACGCGAGGUCGAGGGUGGCUGACCCGAAGGACAGCGACGCGGUGGUGGCGGAGGCCCUCGCGAUCGCCGCCGUCGUCUCCUUGGCGCUCUCGCCGUCGCUGACGGCUGGCGUGGUGACCCCGGCGGCGGCGGCGACGCUCGCGCAGCUCUCGUCGACGAUCGCCUUCGAGGCUGCGGCCGUCGUCGACGCAAAGAGGGUGGCCGGCCUGACGAUGCGCCAGGUGAAGGCGGGAGUGCAGGUCGCGGGCCGGGCGCCCCCCGAGAGCGCCGAGGCAGCCGCCCGGCUGCCGUUGGCGGUGCGCGCCCUGGUCGCGAGCGCCGGCGCGAGAGAGUGGCGCGGCGGCGCGGCCAGGUGA